AUACAAAAGCAAGUGCAGAGUUAUAUCUGCGAAUGUCCUUACGAAAAAACCUUGCUUCAGAAGUAUCUCCAGUAAGAAGAUCUAUUAGAGGGGGUGGUGGUGUUUGGAGAAGAGGAAGGUUCACUUUGCCUGAUGCACAACAUGUGCUAAACUGA